AAUUAAAGGAUAGCGGGGUUUUGUGUUGCUUUGCCGAUGUUGUUACUACAUACAAUUCGUACGUUGUUGCAUAAAAAAAAUGGCGGCUCCGAGUGCACCGAAAGACGUUAACACGUUUCUCAGUCAAAAACAAAAUGUUACUGAUAAAAAAUUAGUUGCAGAAUGGGCGAAGCUCGAAGAACUUUAUAAUAAAAAACUUUGGCAUCAGUUGACUCUGAAAUUAGAAACUUUCGUCCUACAUCCUUCUUUACAAAAGGAUGAGAAUUUAGUGGAAUUAUACAAUAACUUUUUGUCUACCUUCGAAAAUAAAAUAAAUCCUUUAUCUUUAGUGGAAAUUCUUGCCCAUGUAAUAAAGCAAUUCAAAGAUAAACGCAGUGCAAUCAAUUUCCUUGAAAAAACUGAACCCAAGGUCAAAAGCAAUAACGAAGCAGUUGCACUUUGUAAAGUUUUAAUAGGACAAAUAUUAUUAGAUGAAUUGAAUAUUCAAGAUGAGGCUAAAAAAAUUAUUGAGGAUGUUGAAAAUAUGCUGGAUACGACCGAUGGCGUUACAACUGUUCAUGGUAGAUUUUAUCUCUUAGCUAGCCGCUUGUAUAGAUUACAAGGCAAACACGCGGAAUAUUAUAGAACAGCACUUCGGUAUUUAGGUUGUAUCGAUUUAAGUACUUUAAACAAGUCUGAGCAAGAACAACACGCAUUUUUUCUUGGCCUAGCUGCUCUUCUUGGGGAAGGUGUUUACAAUCUAGGUGAGCUCUUAGCUCAUCCUGUUCUAGAAUCCCUCAAAGAAACACCAAACUCUUGGUUAAUUGAUUUAUUACAAGCAUUUAAUGCCGGGGAUAUCGCUGCACUAGAAAGGCUAAAAUCGCAAUGGAGCAAAGUGGCCGAUUUAGCAGCGCAAGAGCUAAAGCUCAGGCAAAAGAUUUCUUUACUUUGCCUGAUGGAAAUGACUUUCAAACGGCAAGCAAAUAAUAGACAAUUAACCUUUGCCGAGAUUUCUCAAGAAACUCAUUUACCAAUUGGCGAAGUAGAACUUCUGGUAAUGAAAGCUCUCGCUCAAGGCCUCGUUCGGGGUGCUAUCGAUCAAGUAUCCGGUACUGUCAAUAUGACGUGGGUACAACCACGAGUACUGGAUUGUACACAAAUUUUGGGUAUGAUUCAACGUUUGGAAGGCUGGUGCAAGGACGUAAACUCAAUAGAAAGUCUUCUUGAAACACGUGCUACAGAAAUUCUCACACUUUAAUUUGCUUAUUUACUUACAAAUAUAUUUCUCACUCAUUGUA